AACUGCGUUGAACAGUUGAGUGUUGCUUGAAAUGUCGAAUUUGUGCGUCGGUCAUUAUUUGGGUUGUGUUGUGGAAGCCUAUUUUGCCCUCAAUGAAACAAAUUUGUGAUUGUUUUCACUAUUAUGCUCUGGCUGGAAUGUUGGAUUGAACCCAGUUUAUGAGCUUUGUGAACGAACAGCAGCACAUUUCGGUUUUCAUGCUGGCAGUUUAGAGUUCGUCAAGAUGUUGAACCAAGCAGCUGUGGAAGCGUUAUACUCGGCAACUUAUGUCGAAAACUACCUGGAUUGUACGGAAAACCUCCCCGACGAAUUGCAAAGACACCUUUCCCGUAUGCGAGAGCUAGAUGUGGAAUACCAAUCAUUUGUAUCAGCGUUUAUGCGGAGAUUGGCGAAUCAACUUGAAGCGGUUCGAAACUCUGUUGAGGACUCAGCUCAAUGGAGGCGGGCACUUCUUCGGGCUCAGAAGGAACUUAUUGCAGCUCAAGAAGUAGGAGAUGAAAAGCUGCACAUUAUGAGUCAACUUCAAGAGCAUAUUGAUAACAAGGUCCGACAAAUGGAUAUUGACCUUCGUAAUUUGGACUACGGUAAAGAGCAGGAAUCCAAUGAUACUGGAAAAGAUACAUCCAAUUCAGGUGCAAAUUCAGGUGGUACUCGUACUGACAAUGGCACUGGUUCAAGCGGUGCUGGAGGAGAACGUUCUUCAAAGAGAUCUAGAAGAACAAGAACAGAUGCUGUGGGUGCAACAUCUCAAGGCGACACUGCCAACAAUUCACCAGAUGUUACUGCCACACCAGAAUUGCCACCCAGACGAGAGGCAGCCCCCGUACGGUCCUCUGUAAGCAACACAUCCACUGGGAAGAAAGCUGCUGCAGGUGCUGGCAAGAAAAAGAAGAGGAAAUCAAGAGGCUCAUCAUCAGCUGCUACACAGUCUUCAUCACAAGCAGUCCAGGAUCAGACUCCUCCUCGUGAUGAUGAGCUGGCCAUAGACCCUGAUGAACCUACAUAUUGCCUUUGUGAUCAGAUAUCUUUUGGUGAAAUGAUUCUUUGUGACAAUGAUCUCUGCCCGAUUGAAUGGUUUCACUUUGGUUGUGUGGCUCUAUCCACUAAACCUAAAGGGAAGUGGUUCUGUCCCAAAUGCCGUGGAGACAGGCCUAGUAUUAUGAAACCUAAAGCACAGUUCUUGAAGGAAUUGGAGAGGUAUAAUAAGGAAAAGGAAGAAAAGUCAUAAAAUUAAGAUUUUAUUUAAUUUGCACAUAAUGUAGAACAUGUUUUCUUCUGUUAUUUUAUUUUGACAUUAUAAAUGUCUGUGUACAAACUUGAUGCUGAAUGUGAUCAGAUACUGCUAAUUAUUUUAAUUGCGCAUCUAAUGUUCUGUGUACAAGUUUCUUAAAUCUUCUAUUAUAAAAGAUUAAUUAGGUUGUCUUGUUUUUUCUUCCUUUCAAACUUAAGAAAUUUUUAAAAGUAUUGUGUGAGGAAAGCCGAUUUCAAUCAUUGAUGUGAUCACCCUACGUGAAGAAUGUAUCCUGACUGUUCAGUUUUCUUUUAUCCUGCAGACGUACAAAAUGUUAUUUUUUUAAUUUUUGUUUAUGAAAUGUAUCAAUAGAAAUGUAUUGUGUAUUUCUAAAGUGAGAUACUAUUUAAACACUUUACUGUUUUAUGUAUGUGCUUUGUGUCUUCUGAUUAUGUGCAAUCAGUUCACAAUUCUGUAUAUUAAAUUUAUUUUAUAAAUAUUUUAUCUUUUCUGCGACCUUUAUAGAUUACUCUAUCUCAUCUGGUCAGUAUCAUUACUUAGGUUAUAGAAGUGUAUUUUUGCUAAUUUGAGGAAUUAAUAGUUUAAAACUGCACUCUCGAUUUCAAUGCCUAGAUUCUAGAUAUUACAUUGGGAAGACAAGCUUGCUUACAUGCUGCCAUUUUCAGGGCUUGUUACUAUCCUGAAACAUUGAAUGCUGUUCUAAUGAAUUGAGCUGUAUUUGUACCUUUUCAUAUAUAUCAGAGCACUCAGUGGUUGAAACUGUAGUGUCUACUUGUGCAGAAACAGUCCACUUCCAGGCCCAAGUUGAAACCACCAUUAUCUCCUAUAAUGAUCAUUAUUAUGCAAUUUGUGCAUUAAAUUUCAGAACAAUUUAAGUUCAAAUUGCUGAUGUAGCCUUUGAGCACACAACAUAAAUGCAUGGCAUUGAGAUCAAUAAGAUGUUUCUGACUAAGAAUUGUUCAUGCAUCAAGUGUACACAAUAACGGUAAUUCAAUUCAGCAAAUCAUUCCUUAAUUAAUCUAUUGUUAGAAUUCUGUCUAGAAUGUGAAGCAGCACAGCGCUGUGAGGUGCAUUCGUCUUGGAGGCAAGGAGAUCUCCUUGUUCAAGGUCUUUAAACCUGUAACCAUCGGCUGUGAACAUAUCUAUGAAAUAAAAUUGAAACAUUAGGGCAACCAUU